CUUGACAAUAUUAAUAAUGAACAAAAUUUAUUUUAAGACAAUUAAACUUUUUUUAUUUUUGGAAUAAUAAUCGAUGCCCAUGAUUUUGCCACUCCGACCAACGCGCGCAGCUCCGUCACGGCGGACUCUAAACCCACAUUACAACGCCACUCCCUAAAGCUCAUUUCAAUUCCGCAAAAAAAUGACCUCUGCUGUUCCUCUCUCUCACUCACUCUCCACUCUACGCCCCAGCUCUUUUCUUGAGAAUUAAGGCUAAAAAGGGGGUGUUUCUGUUACUUGUUCGUCGUGCAUUCCCGAUAGAGAGGCUGAGGAAGAAAGGAAUUGCAGUGAAAUGAAAGGUGGGUCAGAUCCCAGCAUUUUAUUAGAAAUGGAGAGCAAGAUGAAUAUGGAAGUUCUUGAUAUAGAGCCAAUUCAUGCUGAAGCUGAGAUUUUUGAAGCACCAAAUGAUCCCUUUAAUGCAUGUGAUGGUUUCCUUUUAGGUUCAAUUCAAGAAACUGAUUGCUGGAGUGAAAUGCUUGAGCUCUCAAACAUGAAAUAUGAGAGCAAAAUGUUAGUUGAGGAAAACUGCAUGAUCUUCCCCACCUCUUUCAGUUCUGAGGACAUUGACUGCUUGGAGAACGUAACAGACUUCUUGCCAGAAAGCAUAUCAUCUGAUAAUAACGAUUUAGAAGUACUAUACAAUCUUGGCCAUUCAUCAAGCACACCAAUCCAUAGAUCUUCAAUGGAGACACACAAUGAGCUUAGUGUAGGUGGGCCCAAUGUGGAUCACGAGGCAAAGAAUUCUUCCCAAGACAGUAACUUUGAUGCUCCUCGUACACAGAGAGUGCGUAAGCCUACUCGGAGAUAUAUUGAUGAAUUAGCACUAGCAGAGGAUCUUAACCCAAGAUGUGUUAAGAAAAAAGACAAAUGUCAUAAGUUCAAAAACAGCAUGAAACAAAAUGAACAUGUAGCAGAAGAGUUUCAAGCCGAAGAGACUCUCUGUGAAGCUAUUCAAGUUCCCUUUGGUCCUCCCGUUCCCGAAGAAUGUCGUCCUGACCCCAACAGAGAUGGUGAUAAGAAACGUGUGCCUGAGGUUAAGAAAGUCAAUCAGGACAUGAUGCCAUCUUUUGCGUCUGAAAUUUGUCAUAAGGGGUAUGAAUUGGCCGUAUAUAAUCCCUCCAAGGCGAUACCACUCGAGCCCGGACCUGAAGAAUGUGAUAAGAAGUGCAUGUUCAAUGGGAAGCCCGUGAAUGGGACCCACACGUUAUCUUUUGGUUCCAAAGAAUGUAGCAAGAGUCCAACUUCUUGUGAUGUGAACAAGGUGCUUACAUCGGAUGAGGAGGAUAUUGAAAUGGCACUGACACUGUAUGAUGAGAGAAGGGCUCGAAGGAAACACCACAGGCUAUGGACCGUUACAGAGGUGAAGAUGUUAAUAGAUGGCGUUUCUCAGUUUGGAGUUGGAAGAUGGAGUCAAAUUAAGAAGCUUUUCUUCUCUGCAUCUGACCAUAGGACACCAGUAGAUCUCAAGGACAAAUGGAGAAACCUCUUAAAAGCCAGCUAUCUUCAAACACAAAGCAAGAAACCGGGUAAAGGAGCAAAGCAAAACUUUUCUUGGCGGCCAUUGCCGAAGCCCAUUUUGCACAAAGUCAUUGAAUUGGCCACUGUGCAUCCAUAUCCAAGAAACUGCAAGUCCAAGAAUUAUUAGAUCUUUCCUCUUCUUAUUACCAAUAAACCCCAAGCAAAAUCAUUCAGAUGUGAAAAGUUAAUCUAUUUAGCACUUUUUAGCAGAAUGUAUAUUCAUAAACAUCCUCUGCACUUGUACCCAAGAAUGUCAUGAAUUUGUAACCUUUCUAAAAUCAAUGGUAAUUGGUAAG